CACAAGAAGUGCCAAGAUUUCUAACAGAGACAGAGUCACCAUUAAAGUAAAGUGCUACGAGGUGUACAAGAAAUUUAAUGUGCGUUUUCAACUUUUGCUCUUCUUUUAUUUGCUACGAAAGCCUACGAUCAUACAUACCAAGUAUAAUCAAACCAUGAUGAAACUGGGUUAAUCCUGAUAACAAGAUCGUAAAAAAUCCACUCGGUGCACCUUUCCACAGCGAGUCUGCGGCAGACAAACGCAUCGAAUUGUGCGCCGCAGUUGCCAAGCCGAUGGAGUCUGACCACGCUCUACAUGAAAAAAUUCGCUAUAACAUGCAAGACGCAAAGGCCAUGUGUGACUUCCACAGUUCUACUGCUCGUUUAUCAUAAUGUCCGCUCCCGUCUGAAUUAUGCACUCUGCUCGCUCCCAUAUUCAUCAUUCGUUGCCCUGCACUCCUCGGCCGUCAAUGUACUCACAACCCGUCUGAUCGUCAACAAUGGACCACAAAAAGGACAAAGCCAAAACCAGCAAAGACCCCGCCGCCGCCACCCCUGGGAAUGCGCCAGCCACGCAGCCGACAGUGGCCAACCAGGCGGCCACUGCCGGCACCGUCCGCGUCCCCCUUCCUAACAUCGACGCCAUCGUGGAGCAGCCACCACGUCGGCGCUCCUCCAUUCUAGCCACCAACUCCCCCAACGCCCUGGAUCUGCAGAGGAUCGGGCGGGUGGUGGACGCCAAAGACCCCAAGGAGCGCGAGUACCGUUUCAUUGCCAAGUGCCGCGCUUGUUGCAAUGUGUACGAUCUGGCUGAUAUGGCCCGGGAUAUCACGGCCAAGGAACUAAAGCGCGCCACCUUGCAGGAACUGUGUGAUCUUCUGCGUUCCACGCGGGGAUUAUUAACGGAGGCUUUGUACCCAGAGAUCAUCCACUUGGUGGCCAUAAACGCUUUCCGAGCGCUACCACCAUUAAAUCAGAACAUCAUUCCGGAAUUCGAUCCGGUGGCGGAAGCCGAAGAGCCCACGCUGGAGGUGGCCUGGCCACACCUCCAGCUGGUGUACAAUGUCUUCCUCAAUAUGUUGGAGUCCUCGGAUUUCAACGCACAGCUCGCCGUCAGGUACAUCGACCACACCUUUGUCAUUCAGCUGUUGAAUCUCUUCGACAGCGAAGAUCCUCGAGAGCGGGAUCUCUUGAAGGCCAUUGUGCACCGGAUGUACGGCAAAUUUCUCAUGCUACGCACGUACAUCAGGAAGCAGUUCAACCAUAUUUUCUACCGGGUCAUCUAUGAGGUCGGUCGUCAUCAUGGCUUGGCGGAAAUUUUGGAGAUCUUGGGGAGCAUUAUCAACGGGUUUGCGGUGCCUCUGCGGGAAGAGCACCGUGUAUUUUUGUUCAAGGUGCUAUUGCCGUUGCACAAAGUGGCCGGAUUAGUGCAGUUCCACCCACAACUGGCCUACUGCACGGUGCAGUACCUGGAAAAGGAGCCCGGCCUCACCACUGAUCUUUUGCUGCUGUUCCUGCGCUUCUGGCCCAAGACGGACGGUGCCAAAGAGGUGAUGUUCCUUAACGAGCUGGAAGAGCUGCUGGACGUUAUGGAGCCAGAGCAGUUCAGCAAGGUGAUGGUGCCCGUGUUCCGGCAGAUCGCCAAGAGCGCCGCCAGCCCGCACUUCCAAAUUGGGGAACGAGCGCUCUUCUUCUUCGGGAACGAUUACAUUCUCGGACUCCUAAAGGACCAUGCGGCGGUCUUGUAUCCCAUACUGUAUCCUGUGUUGUUCAAGAUCACGACGGGGCACUGGAACCGGUCUAUACACAGUCUCGCCUAUCAUGCACUGAAGGUUAUGAUGGAUAUGGAUCAGAGGAUGUUUGAUCUGUGCAUUUUAAAUCACUCGAGCAAACAAACCGACGAGCGGGACAUGGCCGAGAAGCGGCGCCAUUUCGACCUGAUGGUCAGUCUGCAUAAAGCCGCCGAAAAGUCCCCGCUAUUCCGUGCCUUGGCGCCGUCGCUACGCAUCCGCCCGCCCGACAUGGAGGACUACCUGGACGCACGCAACAUUUCCAUGAAAUAUGAGAACUGGAAGGUCACAGCCGAAGAACUGAAAGCCCGCGAGGCCCAGACCCAGAGCCACCGGCCGUCCUCUGAUAAAAACGACGUCCUUGGCAUCCGCCGCCGCUCCCUGUCGUCAGCACCCAGCAUCAUGCCACAGCCCCCCGCCGCCCCGGCGACCGUGUCGGCACAGACAUCCAAGUCGGUGGGCAAUGUUCCAUCAAAUCGUUCACUGUCCACAGUAAAGGGGACGGCGUCUACCUCCAGCACGAGCAGUAAGACCGGGGAAGGUUUAUCGGCGGGGACCAGGAAGAAAAAGUCUAUUUGAGCGUAGAAUUUUGGGUUGUUCUGUUGUCUGCUUAGUGUGUGAGUGUAAGUCUUUGCUGUGCUGAUGCUGAUGGAUCACGAAAUCUGCGGUAUCAUACCUGCUGCGCAUGACCUGUGCAUAUGCAACAGAUUUGAUACUUUUUUUAGUAAUGGCUCAUGCGUAACAGUACACCGGUUUGUACACAAUAAUAUUAAUAAAAUGGCCGGGAUGCCAAAUGAA